CAUUAAAUUGUAUACAGCUGAAGAGAACAAAAUACUCAGAGUGAGAGUGGGAGUGCGCGUGUGGCGGGAGACAAAAUGGAGACUGUAAUUACCUGCGGAAGAGUGGCUAUUUCCCCUAAUCAAGUCUUCCACCCAACAUCCGGGGAUAGAUACCAACUCCACAAACAGUUGGCAAACAGAAGCACACUGACAUCGAUGCUGAUUGCUGGUGUGGGGAAAGGUGGUGGGGUUUUGGACAAACCGGUAAUAGAAAAAACAACUCCAGGAAGAGAAUCUGAGUUUGAUUUGAGGAAGUCGAGGAAAAUGUCCCCACCUUAUCGGGUGAUGCUGCACAACGACAACUACAAUAAGAGGGAGUAUGUUGUGCAAGUAUUGAUGAAGGUUAUACCUGGGAUGACUCUUGACAAUGCAGUGAACAUUAUGCAAGAAGCACAUAUCAACGAGCUAGCUGUCGUAAUAAUAUGCGCUCAAGCUGAUGCAGAAGAGCACUGCAUGCAGCUUCGAGGCAAUGGCCUUUUGAGCUCGAUUGAGCCUGCGAGUGGUAGUUGUUGAGAAAAUGCAAUGAGGGUAUCAAUUAUAAGCAGCAACAUCACUUGUACCAGACACACACUGCAUAUAUGUAUAUAUCAAGAGUUGGAAGUUCAAUUACACUUCUAUCUUUGAUCACUGUAUUACAGAUGAAGGGUAUGCAGAUUGCAGACAAUACAUUUAGCUAUUAAUAGCAUGUCGAUUAUCUACUAUAA